AUGGCUGAUGAUGAAGAGGAUGAGGAUGAACAGCUUGUGGAUGUUGGCCCCCAAUUUGACCAAGGCUUAGAAAAGUUUCACUUACCAUACAAGGUUGCCACUGUCCAAGAAGGAUUCAACCAGAGAGCUUACUGGGACCAAGAUGCCCAGGGUGAGCCAGAAUGGCUUUGGGGCAGGGCCCAUGACUACAUGAAAAUCCAGUUGGCACCCAGUAAGUUUUUGCUGAACAACAAAGACACUUUUGCCAGUGAAUUUGAGGCAUGUGAAGUUCCAGCCCAAGAAUUUCAUUUCAGGAAAAAAGCUGAAAAAGAUGAUAGAAAAAAGAACAGCAGGUGGGUGGAACAUACCAUGGAAAGCAGGGGUUUCCUCAUUGCACUGAUGUGGUGCAUGAAGAACAGGGCUUUAGCACUGGAGUCAAAGAAGAAGGCUUUGGCUUUGUUGAAAGGCUUGAUUGCCAGCAGCUUGGCUUUUGCUGCAGCAGCAGGCCCUGUGGCUAUGUCCUUGUCUGUGCCUGAUGAGGGUGGCUUGAUCCACCAGGCACUUUUGACUUUCAGUGGUCAAGGGAUCACACAUGAGUGGGCAGGGGUUGUGUCCAAGUAUGGGCCUGCCACUGCACUAUGGCACAAGCUGCAUAAAGCCAAUUGGCUGGGCUCCUGCCUGUGCAGCAGCUUGGGUGACAUCAUUUUCUUCCUUUGCUAUAUCAGUGCCCAUCCCUUGCUCAAAGUGUCUGGCCAAAAUGUGCUGCAAGGCUUUGGGAGACUGGCCUUGAAGGGCUUCAUUUGGCAAACAGGAGUGUGGCUGGCUGAUUAUGAAAGAAAAAGUGCACAGAACGAGGGUGGUUUCCCCGAUGGGGAACUUGUGCCAGAGCAGUCUGCCAUGAUGAAAUAUGAGAGUUACAUUGUGUGUGCCUUGUACCAGAAAUCCAUGCAAGAGACCUUUGGGGGCCAGAAACAGGAAGUUGACAAAAUAGAAGGAUACAAUGAGCUGAGGGGCCUGUCCCACAGCUUGUCCCUCAUUGGCUUAACCUUGAUGGACUUUGCAGUGCCAGAAGGAUUGAUUCUGAGGCCACUGCUGAAGCAAGAGCUGCUCCUACCUCAGCCAAAUGGAAGGCCCUUGGUCCAUAACACUGUGGCUGGUUUGCAAAGAAGAGAAGUUGCCUGGAAGAAUUUCUGCUCCAGAACAACUCUGACUCAUUGUUUUGCCAACUAUGCUUCUGUGAUUGCCAGAGAAAGACGAAUCAGGGAACCUCAGCAUGAACAAGACUGUGAGGCCUUGUUUGAAACAUUGAAGCACCUUCAGAACUUCAAUACCAAAGGCCCUUUAGUGAAGCUCAUGCGCUGGUUUAGCUGGUUCGAGACAGCAUGCUGGUGGGAGGGAGAACAUUUUGCUACAAGAAUGAUUUUGGAAGAAAUGGGAGCAAAAACUGAAGGAAAAGAAGAAGCAGCAGAACUUCCAAAUGAAGAAGACCCCCAGCAAGAGUUGAGGGAAUUGAAGAAAAAACAAGGGACUUGGAAGCUUGCCCCUCAAAUGGUGACCAACACCACAAUGUGUGUCAAAGACAUUGUGCUCACAGUGGGCAAAGCUGCCUGGAAGCAUCAUGCUGCCAGGGCCAGGGAAGUGACCAGUGCUGCUGAUGUGCUCCUCUUCAAUAUCCAAGCUGCUGGUCACAAGGGUUGGGCUGAAGAGCUUGUUUCCAUGGUACAUGACAGCCUAUGGAACCAGGAGCUCUUGCUGCACUUGCAGGAGGACUACUGCUUGCAUGAGCAAGCUUUGGAGUGGCACAUGGACUUCUUUGACAAACUCCUGGAAACCAGGUCUAUGAGCCUCACUUCCUUCCACACACUGCCACCCAACAGGUACCACCAUUCUCUGUCCAGAGAAAGGGUGGUUGCACAAGCAGCCCAUGAUAUGGCCAUGCAGGACUUCCAGGCUUUGCUUACUGCAGAGGAGGCUGAUGUGGAAAGCCCCAAUCUGAAAGUUGAAGCUUUGGCUUUGAUGGCUUGGACCAAGAACCCUGUUUGCAGAGCCCUCUACCUGUCCUACCUGGAAGAUGAUUGCAAGAGAUUGGUGGGCACCCCCCAAGCAGCAGGCCCAGCUUUGCAAAGGGUCAUGGCUGAAACAUUGGGUGAUUCCAAGAUGGUGGAGAAUGCACACCAAUUUGGAAAAGAUUUGCUCAGAAGCUCCAGGCACAAGACCUUUGGGAAUGUCAGGAUCUGGUCCAAUACAUUGAACAGCCAAGCUUUGGAAAGGAGAGGCAGCCCUGUGGUCACUUUUCACAAAUUUGAAAAGGCUACUGGCCCUUUGCCACCACAGGAUGAAAGAGUCCACCUUGCCAAAUCUUUGAAAGCUACCCAGCACCACUUGCCCAAAGCCAUCCAGAACCUCAUGGUGCCCAUAAGUGGCAAAAACCGAUGGCCAAGCCCAAAUCCAGCUAGUUUGUUUGCUUCUGUGGCUGCCACUGAGUGGGUCUUCAAAUUUUUUGGAGAAGGUAGAGAAGUGGACCCAGGGACAACUGCAAAUGAUGCCUGGCUUUCCAUUUUGGCACAGCCUGGCCACUUCCUGGUGCAACAAUCCCAGCACACAUUAUGGAAAGUCAUGGCAAGGGCAGAGUAUGGCUUCCUUGCCUGGCAGGCUCACAUUGAAGUCAGUGAUGGGCAAAGAAUUUAUCUGCUGGAAGCAAACCCCAGCUGCAUACAGUGGAGGCACAUUGUGGACCUCAGUGAUUGGCUGCAGGUUCCUGUCAAGCCCACUAUGAUGUAUGAGAAUGUGGGACCUUUGGGUUGGGUGGCAUCUGGCAACCCCUUGCCAUUGGAUGUGGCAGUGGUGCAAGCUGCCAUCUCUUUGACUGUCAAGCAGAUGAGGUCACUGCUCAAGCUGUACAAUGUGAAAGUGGCUGGCAAUGCAUCCAGAGCAACUGUAGAGAAGAUGCUUGUGGAGACAGUGCUGCAAGAUGAGGCAAUGAGGCAAGAAGCUUUCAAAAAAUUCAAGGCAAAGACCAAAACCAAGGAUGAUGAUGAUGACUUGGACUCUGAGCUGAGUGAGGUCAUCUCUGAGCUUGCACAGGAUGAGUUCAAUCAGCAGGACUUGAAGGAGUACAAGCAGAAGAAGAAGGUGACCAGGUUGAAAAGGAAGUUGUCUUCCAAAGAACCCCUGGAGGACAAGAAACCCAAGAGGAGGGCAAAGGCAAAGGCCAAAGCAGCAGCAUCCAACAAAAGAAAGGCACCAUCCUAUUUCAUCCAUGGUGUCUUGAAAAGGAGGAAGCAGAGGGCAGGGGCAGAUGAAUUGGUUGAUGCCACCAAAGAGGCUUUGGCUGACAAGAAUGCUGUGGUGGAAGCAGGCAAUGUUGAGGCAAUGAGCAGCACUCCUGCAAAAAAUGAAGUGGAGGCACCACUGGCACCAGAGGGGUCAGGGCCUGCAAGCAGCAGUGGCAGCAAAGGACCUGCACCUGCUGAACCUGCAAGCUUGGUAAUGUAUGGCAAGGCCUUGACCAAGACACCUACCACCAAAAAAGCUUCCACCCCAGUACCUGGGCAGAAGAAGGAAAGAGAGCCAAAAAGGAAAUCACCUGAGGAAGUGUUGUCCCUGAUGACACCACCAAGGUGUCAAAUUGGCAUCUCCUUCACUGACCACCGCUUCACCUCCAAAAUGGCUUUUGAGUCAAAGGAAUUCACUGGAAGGAUGAAGCAACAGACCUUCACAGUAUCAUUUGCUCAAAGGCUAUCCUGGGACCAAGCGCUCAAAAGAGUGCAUGAAUACAAUUGGAGAAAGUGGCACAUGGUGAAGGAACAGUUGCCAUUGCCAGCAGGCCAGGAACCACAAACCCCUGGAGAAGUGCCUCAGCAUGUGAUGGAACAGCUGAAACCCACCAUUGAUGCUUUGCCACCAUUGCAGAAGGACAAGAGCAAGGCUAAGCCUUAG